UCCCAUAGACAUGAUUUCCAUAAGCAUUCCACAUAAGCAGACAAGCAUCAUAACUGUCUUCUUCCCGAGAUCCGGGAGUUCACUCCCAUAGCAAUCAUGUCUUUUUCCAUAAGCAUUCCAUAAGUAAUUUUUUGCUUAUUUUUUUCCAUAAGCAAUCAUAACUGUCUUUUUCCUAGUAUUCGACGAAUAAUUCUGCUAGACAUUCGCGACAUCUGCUAGACAUUCGCGAAUUACUAUACUAUCCUGAUUGCGAACAGAGUAGCGAACACCACCAUGGCGAAGUCAUUUGCCUAUCUCAUUUGCCUAUUUAUAAGGCGAGGGUGUAGGCAAUAUAGCGAACGACAUAGCGAGAGGGAAUAUGGCUGAAAUGAAUGGGAAUAGGGCAGCUGGCGGGGCUGCUGGCGAACAGGGUGAUCAAGAUCAGCUAGCUAGAAGACUCCUCAAUCUAUCCAUCAAAUUCCUACUCCCUAUCCAAAUCCUCAUUCAAGUUUUGGUAAAUCUUCUUCAAGUACGAUAUCAAAACUCAAGCUCAUCUCCAUUUGAGACACACAAAAUAAUCAUGUCUUUUUUCAUUGGAACUAUAUGUGUUUACUUUCUAGCAUUGAUGGAAUUAUCUCGACCCAUUCCUAAUGCUAAUGCUCCUAAUGCUAAUGCUAUCUACCACGACGUCGCUUGGCUUAUUUGCUACAUCUCUGGUGUUCUCGCAUGUACUUGUAUAGUAUUGAUCAUCUUCCCUGCCUUUGGAUGGGUUAUUUUAUCUAUAUCUACCAUAAGAAUAUUAUUACUCAAUCCAUAUAUUACUCUACAUAUCAAAAAAUUACUCGAUGGUAUAUCUACCAUAUUAUUCAAUAUCUAUGAUUCAAAUGAUUCAAAUCUUGAAAACGGCAACGUCCCGGUGGAGCAAGAAGAAGGUGGCGGUGAGCAACCAGAAGUUUGAUGCCGUAUUCUACAUAUAAUAAUGCUUCCUUGUUUGUGUGUGAGUUUUUGUAACUACAUUAGUACUGCUUUAUUCUACUCAUGUGAGGUAAUUGUAAUUUUCUUUUAAUACGCUGAUGUUGUUGGUUGUUUGAGAUACAUUUAUUCUAGUAAUGUACGAGUGGUCUCAAUUGAGAUGAU